AUGGCACCGGUAGCCGUUUCUCCUGUGUCUCCCCCGUCACCCACGCUGGACAAUACGUCCAAGCUAACCAAAGCGGGAACGGCGACAAUCCUCGAGAAGACAAUCUCCAAUGGACCGAAAGUGGCAGACCUUGACGCCUCGAAACUGACUUUCACGCCCAACCUCAAUCCGAAGCCCGUCCCUGCCCCCAACUCGGCUGAAGUAUGGAGCCAAAACUACACGACAGACCACAUGCUCACCGUCCGGUGGACGGAGAAGAAUGGCUGGGAAGCUCCUGAGAUCCGACCCUACGGCCCACUCUCCAUCAUGCCGACAGCAUCCGUCCUGCACUACGCGACGGAAUGCUUCGAGGGCAUGAAAGCCUACCGUGGCGACGAUGGCAAAGUUCGACUCUUCCGACCAGAUCGCAAUGCCAGACGAUUCCUCCAAUCAGCCACGCGGAUAUCUCUCCCGGGAUUCCCGCCUGAGGAGUUCCUCAAACUGUUGAAGAAAUUCGUUGGCGUUGAGGCACCCAAGUGGAUCGCAGAACCCGGCAGCUUUAUCUACAUUCGGCCGACCAUGAUUGCGACGGCGCCAGCCCUGGGCGUGCAGAGACCGAAGGAGGCACUGAUGUAUAUUAUGAUGGUCAUGUUCCCGAGUCUCGACGACCCGACGUGCAAACCUCCCAUGCCUGCUCCUGUGAGUAACGGCGUCGCUGAGUCGAAGCCCUCGGCCCCGCCCAAGGGGAUGCGCCUCCUCGCCUCCAAGCACGACAUGAUCCGCGCGUGGCCCGGCGGCUUCGGCAAUGCGAAGGUCGGUGCGAAUUACGGACCUUCACUCGUCGCGCAGGGGGAGGCUCGCGCCAGAGGGUAUGAUCAGAUCCUAUGGCUUUUCGGGGAGGAAUGCUUCGUCACCGAGGCCGGUGGGAGCAACUUCUUCGUGCUGUGGGAAAACAAGACUACUGGACGCAAGGAGAUGGUCACGGCGCCGCUUGGCGAUGGUGUCAUCCUCGAAGGCGUGACUCGCGCGUCGGUCCUCGAUCUCGUCCGCUCGGGGCGAUUAGGUGAGGAGGUCGACGUCACGGAGAGGAGGUUCACCAUGCAGGAAGUCAUCGAUGCUCAGACCGAGGGCCGUCUCAUCGAGGCGUUCGGUGCGGGCACGGCCUUCUUCGUUGCUCCGGUGCAAGAUAUUCACUUCAGGGGACUGGAUCUUGUUCUCCCGCUCGGUCAGACGGACGGAAAGCAUGGAGAUGAGUUUGCAAUGAAGGUGAAGCGCGCAUUGAAGGAUAUCAUGUACGGACGGUUGGAGGAUGAGUGGGGCGUUGUCGUUGAGGAGACGAGGGAGCGAACGUACGAUGCAUGA